UUUAGUUACAUAAUCAGCGCCAAGACCCCCGCCCAUCUCUCCGGCUAACAAUGCCGACGACAACCAGUUAUAUACAAUUAUUCUUGUGUCCUUGCAUCCUCUAACUUGAUUCGCAUUACGCUGCGUAGGUUUGACACCGGAGAGAAAGAAAAUGGCUGAGAAUGUGCCUUGCUUUCUGAAAUAAAGCAUCCGCCGACUCCGUUCCGACUUCCGUGAGGCUGUCAGAGAGUUCAAUGACCCUGCAUUUAUCAUACCGUUAGGGGCAGGUUCUCUCGGACGAACAUCGACGAGGGUGUCUGAUCAUAUAUCGAGCCCACCUCACUACUUGCUGAUCCUAGCAUUAUAUUGAGUAGUGGUUCUCGGCUCUCAAACUCGUCUCACCGUUAGUUGCCCAUCGCGCAAAGCGCGCGUCAUGGCCUCUGUGUGACGACUCCAAACCCAAGAUAUACCACCCAUUCCAUCGGAGCCUCACUUUGUUGUUGGCGUCUUAGCUCAGUAACUUCACGAGCUGAUAUGUCUGGAGAAGAAAAGGAGAACGAUAGCUCUAAGCCCGCUGGUCUAAUAACUUAUCAUGCCGAAGAUCUAUCAACAAGAUCUGUAUGCUACGCUCCCGCUGAUUGGUAUUUAGCAGACUGGCAGAACGAUGGACCCAAGAAGGGGUGGUACUUCGUCUACGGCGUUGUUGCCGACGAAUAUAAACUUGCAGCGGUCAUAGGCGAUGAAGAAACCCCCGUUCUUCACAGAGCCAAAGUUCUAGGAUACAAGCUCAUGUUGUGGGAGGCGCAUCUUGCACUGACGGACGGAUGCUCAACCGCAGAGGUACAAGGAAAGGCGUUCUAUGUUGAAUCGCCGUUACAUGCUCGGAGACUACGGGGAUACAUGGUGGAAGUUUUGAAGGUGGAGCCAUGUCGAAUACACCUGGAGGAUGCCGAUGAAGGGGUAGUUGAUGGCUACGCUUUUAUAUGGGACGGGCCGAUGAAUGGGCUCAGGAGUAUCCCGGCGAACUAAGAUGGUUCUGGGGUAUGAAUUUACAGGGAUAUACGGGAAUAACUACUGAAUCCUCUGGUGUUGCGUAAAUGAGCUGUCCCGUUCAGCAUGUUUCAGGCAUGACAGUGGGAGUGUUUCAUUUUGGGGUCGGUCCAUUCUGCUGUGUUUGGCUUCGAGGACCAUUUAGUGAAUAAAUAGGGUAUAAAUAAAUCCGUAGAAUUGUGGUCUUUGACUCGUUGUCUCUUUCUUUCUAUCUCCUUGCCCUGUGUGGGAAUGUAACAAGAGAAACACCCCUCUAAAUACAAAUACUAGUAAUACCUAAGGAAACGCAAAAUUACCUUGGUCUGAUACG